AUGAAGAGCGCUGGACAUCAGAAAGCCCCGGCGGGGCCGCUCCGGGGGCGAAGGCGAGCGGGGAACGAGCCCCGGGCGGGCGGCGGAGGCAGUGGGCGCCGCGCUCCCGCCGCCCGAGCGCCGAGCUCGGGGGCCCGGCCCCGGCCCCACGCACGGACCGCGGGGGGAAGGGGACCGCGCCCGCGGCUCCGGGGACCGGCGAGGGGCCGAGGCCGGCGGAGGACUCGGAACAAAGCUGAGGCGAGAGGGCCCGAGGACGGGCAGCUCAGCCCGGGCCAGCGGAGCACAGCCAGCAGCUCCCGAACGACCCACCGGCGCCCCCGCCGCGGCCGGGAGGAGAAAGGGGCUCCCGCAGGGCAGCGCCGGGAUUAUCCCCGCGGGCUGGAGACCGCUAAAAAGCGGCUGCUCCCCCUCCGCGCUCCUCGCAGGCGGGGAAAGGACCCUCUGAGGGCCGCCGCCCGCCCUCCUGCCCUCCUUGCACAGUGGCUGCGAGGGGCUGGAGAGGAGCCCCGCACCCACCUGGCGCCGCGCUCCGUCCCAUCCCGCUCCAGCCGCCGCCGCUCCAGCGCUCCAGCCGCCACCGCCUUCGCGGGCUAA